CCACCGCGCAGGCGCCGAGCGAGGGGAAGAUGGCGGCGCCCGUGGACUUGGAGCUGAAGAAGGCCUUCACGGAGCUGCAGGCCAAGGUGAUCGAUACGCAGCAGAAGGUGAAGCUGGCCGACAUCCAGAUCGAGCAGCUGAGCAAGACCAAGAAGCACGCGUACCUCACCGACACCGAGAUCAUGACGCUGGUGGACGAGACCCGCAUGUACGAGGGCGUGGGCAGGAUGUUUAUUCUUCAGUCCAAAGGAGUCAUUCAUAAUCAGCUUUUAGAGAAGCAGAGAAUAGCAGAAGAGAAAAUUAAGGAAUUAGAGCAGAAGAAGUCCUACCUGGAGCGGAGCGUGAAGGAAGCAGAAGAUAACAUUAGGGAGAUGCUGAUGGCCCGGAGGGCGCAGUAGAUGUGAGUUCCUGUUGGGCCACAGAUGGACCUGUGCUGCUCUCUGGGUGAUGCUGACAGCUCUGCUGUGAUGGCUGUUACCUGGCAGAUCUAAUAAAACCCUGCUGCAAAGCC